CGGCCCGGCUUGGUACAGUCCGAGUGUGAGCUGACGCGGAGGCUCAGUGUUUGGAGCGGAGUGAGAGCUUCUAGGCUCAGCUGAGUGUGAGUGAGGAUCCAGGACAUGGUGUGAGUCAGACAGAAUGGCUUCAGCAGAUCUCAGGUUCCAAGAAUUUGAUGAAGCAGCUGACCUUCUAGCUGCCAGUCCCGAUGCCACAACGACAAGUACGAAGUCGGAGAGUAAAGCCCAGCAUGCCACACUGCACAUGGGGGCCGACAGUGAGGGAGAUGAAGGUGAAACAGAUCAGACAGAGCUUCUCGCUGCCCAGAAGAAGCCAUCAAGUUUCUGGACCUUUCAGUACUAUCAGGACUUUUUCGAUGUAGACACAUACCAGGUAUUGGAUAGGAUUAAGGCCUCUGUUAUCCCCCUUCCUGGGAAAAACUUUGUACGGCAUCAUUUGAGGAACAAUCCUGACUUGUACGGACCGUUCUGGAUCUGUGCCACGCUAGUCAUCACACUAUCCAUCAUGGGAAACCUUUCAACAUUCAUUCAGAUGCACGACCGUGCUGGUUACAACUAUAACCCUCAGUUUCACAAAGUGUCUGUGGCUGGUGUAAUUAUAUACAGUUAUGCCUGGCUUGUUCCACUUGCUUUAUGGGGCUUCCUGCAAUGGAGGAAAGGCGUGAUGCAAGGUGUGGGGUCUUACAGCUUCCUGGAGACAGUGUGUGUCUAUGGAUACUCCCUUACUGUUUAUAUUCCAACUACGAUUUUGUGUGUGAUUCCUUUCGAAUUAUUCCGAUGGAUCCUGAUCAUUGUGGCUAUGAGUAUCUCUGGUUUUGUCCUCGUUCUUGCUUUCUGGCCUCAUAUCCGCAACGACAACAAAAUGGCUUCCCUUGGCAUGGUGAUUGGCAUGAUUGCUCUGCAUGUCCUAAUGGCUGUAGGCUUCAAGAUGUAUUUUUUCCAAAAGUUUGAAGAACAGAAGGCAGCGGUUGCAAUUGCUACACAAAAACCAGCUCACAUCACCACCCACAAGUCGUAGCUCCUGUAUUGGACUCCAUUCCAGAUCGCACAAGCUUGAUAGCCUGUUCUAAGGCUUUCUACUGCCCCGAGUGACUUGUCCUGGUAAUGCAAGCUACUAAUUUCAUAUAUCUAGUGGACAUAGGUAGGAACAAAUUAACUAUAUUAUUAUUAUGGGUAAGGUACCCUUUAGAUUUGUGAAACUUUGAGAUAUUUGUUAAUUAUAUAAGACAAAAUGUUUUGAUUAAUAAAGAUAUUUUGAGGGGUUUCCCUUCUUCAAAGAAGAA